CAUUCGAGAAGAGUAGGGCAGAAGGUUAAAUUACACAAAACGUCAAAUUCGCCACGUACGAUAGUCGUUUCGGAGUCGCCAGUCCGAAAUUCGGAUUCGGACUCGGUUUCGGAGUGCUCGGUCGGGAUACGGAGUAUUCAGAUUACAGGCGUACAGAGAGCAGAAACUAUAUAGCACAUAACACUCCAAAACUUUCCAACUGAACUCCGCCAGAAAAAAAACAAAGCCGAAAAAAUCACCAAAAAAAUCAUUAAAUAUUAUCCAUGAGCCUCAAGCAAAGUGUCCCUGUGCCACUGGAGAAUAUCAAGCAUAUUAUUUCAACAAUUUACUCAACCAGAAAAUGUGCCUAGCUCUCUGAGCGUGGGAGAAAGCUUGGCGAGAGAGCGAGAGAGUAGCACCCUCAACCUAAAUUCACCACAAUAAAAUACAACAAAGAGGCAAACUAAAAAAAAAUUGAAAAAAAAAUACUUUCACUCUCGCCACAACGUGGCGGCAUCGAGAGGCAGGAAGCGCAUAGAGUGACAGACAGACAGACAGAAAGAGACGGACGGACGUGCGGACGGCGCUGGAAAACUCAAAGGGAAAACUUUUUGCAUGCCACAAGCAGCAGGAGCGUCACAAUCAGCAUCAGCUGACUGCUGCAGGAAGCCUGGCAGCAGGACAACUGUGUGUUGCGGACAGGACGAGCGUCCGGUCGUGUCACCAUCCAUUCAAUAGGGGCCUACAGCAAACACUGGCCAACACACACUGGCUCCACUGGCCGCCACUCACCAACACACACACCGCGCUCGAGCAACGGCAGUUUUAAUGUAUCCUUAGAAUUUCAAACAGCUCCAGCAGUGUAAUGCGCCUUGGGGGCAGUGGCAUUCCAUACGACGGCGACCCCCUGACAAUGAGCGCAGCUGGCAACGACUAUGCCGAACUCUGUGAUCUUGGACCCUCGCGAUGGAGUGCCCGACCCUACGGAUACAAUGCGACCGCAGCGGCAGCCGCCGGCUUUGGCCUUGGGCCCUCGAUGGGCGGUACGCAGUCGUCGUCGAGCGUGCCGACGGGCGGAUCGGCCGGGCUCAGUGGUCACCACCUGCGCAGUAGUGGAGCGCCGGGGCCGAGCAGCUUCGAGGCGGAGGACAUUGGGAUGGCCUUCGGCAUGAUUAGUCCGCCGCCGGGCAGCGGACCCUACGUUGGAUCGUCGGCGGCGGGGGCGGCGGGCGGUUCGCGCGUUGGCAACAGCACCAGUUCGCUGCGCGGUGCCGGCGGUCGAUCCGGAUUGUAUUACUCCCCGCCGGGCACCUCAUACACGAUCGUCGAGCGCCCCCACUCGCCGCACUACUACUUCAACUCGGCGGGCGUGCCCACCAAGGGCGGCUCGUUGCCGGGGCGUGGCAGCGCCUAUCUCAGCUCCUCACCCGCCAGCCACAUGGCCGCCGGCACGGCGGGCACCCUGCCCACCUCGACGGCGGCCAGUGGGCGAUCGAUGGGCCAGCACGCGAGCAGCAACGGCAACAAGAAGCGGCCCAUCUCGCCGGAGCAGGGGCUCCGCAUGUUCGGCGCCACCCAGUCGUCAUCAGUUCCUACGAGUAGCUACCACUACAGCAACGGCGGCACGCGGGAUCGGGAUCGCACCGGCAGGCGGAGCCCCGCCAGCAGUCCGCCCUCCACCACCCACCAGAUUUAUCGGGAUCGGGAGCGGGAAAGGGAUCGCAGUGUCCCGAAUAUCCAUGAACUUACAACGCGAACCGUUUCCAUGUCGCGCGACCAGCAAAUCGAUCAUGGUUUCGGCAUUUGCGUUAAAGGAGGCAAAGACUCAGGCUUAGGCGUCUACAUCUCACGCAUCGAGGAAAAUUCGGUGGCCGAGCGCGCUGGUUUGCGACCCGGUGAUACAAUCCUAGAGGUGAAUGGCACCCCCUUCACCUCAAUCAAUCACGAGGAGGCGCUGAAGAGAUGUGUGCAGAUAUUGAAAUCGUCACGUCAAAUCAGUAUGACGGUCCGAGCGCCGCCCACGCUGAACUCGACCGCCCCGCUCCACGGCUUCGGUCCGCCCUCCCGCGAUCCCAUGUACGCGUCGAUGGCUCCCCCCCUGCACCCACAGAACCAGGCGGCAGCGGCAGCAGCGGCGGCGGCGGCGGCGGCCUCCGGGGCGGGUCUGCCCUUCCGCCAGACCUGCUCCUGGAUGGACCGCCACGGACGACCCGCCUCCCCGCCCAUGGAGUACGGGGGCAGGCGCAGCGAGCGAAGGGAUCGAAUACGUCGUGUGGAGCUGCUGAUCGAGCCGGGUCAGUCUCUGGGACUGAUGAUCCGCGGCGGUGUGGAGUACGGCCUGGGGAUCUUUGUCACCGGCGUGGAUAAGGACAGCGUGGCGGACCGAUCCGGACUGAUGAUUGGCGACGAGAUCCUCGAGGUCAAUGGGCAGUCCUUUCUCGAUGUGACGCACGACGAGGCGGUGGGUCAGCUGAAGUACCACAAGCGCAUGUCGCUGGUGAUACGUGACGUGGGCAAGGUGCCCCACUCCUGCACCUCCAUCGAGAUGGAGCCCUGGGACGCCUACAGUCCAACGGGCACACGAGCACGCCGAAAAGGUCAAAUUGCGACCAUGGUGGAGGAGAAGGCGCGCUCUCUGCUGCCCCGUCAUCACUUUGCAAGCCUUUCCUACUAUAUUGCGGAAUAUAGUGCGAAAGCAAUGACCAUAGAUGCCUUUGUUGCCGUCUUGUUAGAGAUGUUAGAUACGUACGAAAAGCACACGCUAGUGACGGAAAUACGGGAAUUAGUUUUCCCCGAGGAUCGCACGCGAUACGAUGAGCUCGUCUAUCGCAGAGAACGCGAUCCUUAUAGCGUGGAUAGGCAUAGGCGUAAGGGAGACCCCGCCCGUGAUUUGCCGGAAUACGGCUGUGAUGAGCACAGAACUCGCCGGGGCAGCGAAACCCUUUUACCGGAAUACGAACCAGAUGCGGAACAGGAGUUGGCCACAAAACUCUCAAGAAGUUUCGAUAUGAAGGAAGAAGGCGGCACAUUGCUGGGCGAUAAAGGUGUACGAAGGCAUCAGUCCAUGCAGCGUCUGUCAGCGGAGCAGAAUGGUGGUUCAACGACUGAACAAACACAUGAACACAAUCCAAACGUCGUACCUGAUCAUAGAGGCAACUUACACAUUACAGUUAAGAAAACCAAACCAAUUUUAGGUAUUGCUAUCGAAGGUGGUGCUAAUACAAAACACCCGCUCCCUAGGAUAAUCAAUAUCCAUGAAAAUGGUGCAGCAUUUGAAGCGGGCGGCCUCGAAGUCGGGCAACUCAUCCUGGAGGUGGAUGGAACCAAAGUGGAGGGUCUACACCAUCAGGAGGUUGCGCGACUAAUAGCCGAAUGCUUUGCUAAUCGUGAAAAGGCUGAAAUAACCUUCUUAGUUGUCGAAGCAAAAAAAUCAAAUUUGGAACCGAAGCCGACGGCGCUGAUAUUUUUAGAAGCCUAACAUUUGCUUGCCCUGCCGGCCAGUGACCCAUUGGAACGACAAAAACUCGAGUUCCUCUACGAAUGGGGCAUCGAUUUAACAGAGACGCCAAAACCAAUGCCAACACCAAUACCGCUAACGAAAGCCAAGAAUCCGCCGCCACUGCCCCAUGAGAUGCACAACAACAUCAACAGCCAGUAUGGUAGCAGUGCGGCGCUCAGCAAUCAUCAACCUCAUCAGCAUCCGCAUACGCAUCCACAUCCCCAGCAGCAUCACCAGCAGCAGCAGCAUCAGCAGCAGCAACAUUCAAACACAAAAACAGCCAACACGAACAACAACAACACACAACAAGCAACACCAACAACGGGAACGGGAGCAGCAACAACUGCCAGCAAACAACAACAGCAACCGGGAAACACCACCAACACACCAACGAAGGCGUCGCGUGAGGCAACUCCAACAAGGGAGCAGCAUCAGCAGCAUGCCACGCCCACACGCGAGCACCAGCAGCAAACGCCCACGCGACAGCAGCAACUGCAACGCGAACAGCAGCAGCAACACCAUCGCGAUAGGCAGCAGCAUUUUCGCGAACAACGCGAACAACGCGAGCGGGAGUACCAACACGAACAUGAACACGAACAACACCACCAACACCAACACCAUCACCAUCGUGAACACCACGAGCAACACCAACACCAACAUCAACACCAACAACCACACCAACACCAACAACACCCCCACCACCAGCAUCAUCAUCAAUACUCAUCCGGAUCACAGCAGCAACACCAACGCUACAGCAGCAGCAACAACUACAAAUCUCAUAAUAAUUCCGUUUACCAGUAAGGAGAAACCGAAUGCAAUUCCAGCAAUUGGAGCAACAAUAACAAUUUUUUGGAUACAUUCUUUCAAAACUGCUACAGCAAUUCGAUCAGUAAACAGUUUAAUUGUGCUACCUUUGUUGAAACAACCGCAAAAUCCUCGCCCCUCAUGCACGCCUCUUUCUACACUGAACACAACGCGCUUGACAGAAUAGACGAAAAUUACCCCAAAAAUUCCCUGGCUACAUCCGAAUACUAUUGAGUUAUAUGGCUCACCAUAUAUAUCGCUUGACUAGGCCCUUCUAGAAAUGUGUUAAUUUGUUGUAGCUGAAGAGAUGCUCUGACCAAAAAAAAAAUAUACAUAUGAUUUAAGAAUGUUAAGUCUAUAAGGCUUACCCCAGUAAAAAUCAAUAUUUUUUCUUAUUGCAUUUCUUUUUGUAACAUUAAAACAGUUUCUGGAAUAUCAAAUGCAAAAUUUUAACACUGCCAAGGUUAAAGAAAAAUGUUGAAAAUAAAAUAAUACAAAAAAUAUGAGCAUCUCUGUCCAACUUGGCUUUCCGUUCUGUAACCAUAGUGUAGUAUAUGGCUCCCCCAGAAAACUGUCUUUAUAUCUAUUGAAACCAAGAACCACUCCGAUCCCCAACUAGAAUAACCAGAGAGAAGACCUAUCCAGACCUUAGGUAUCCUGAUCCUAAGACCCUCUAUUGAACCACGAACCACGCGCUAGUCGAAAAAUGUGUAAAUCUGUGUAAACUCUAAAACAUAUUAUUGUAUGAUUAUUAUUAUUAUACUAUUGAUUAUCAAGAUUAACAAGCGAGCAACGUAGCUUAGACCGUUAGUCAUUACUUGUUUGAACUAGUGACAAGACAAGUUUAGGUUCACAAAUUACUGUAAGAGCAAUGUUAUUUGAUGAUAAACCCACAAAAGCCCCCAAGAAAAGCAACCACAACCGAAUAAGGCAUACACUAAGAAAAUCAAGAGCUUAAAAUGUUAAAAAUGAACAAGUAAAAUAUCUAAAAAUCCCCUAAACAGUAAGCAAAAAUAAAAGUCGAUGCAGAGAAAAAAUGAUGAAACAAGAUUUAAGGCACAGGCACUGUAAAAUGUAAAAAUAACCAGCAAACUAGUAACGAAUUGUCGCUUUUGUUAGAUUCAAACACACACUAACUAACACACAUGAAUACACGCAUGCACGGCACACACACCAGUACACACACGCAUGCAUAUUGCCAAAUUGAUUGUAUUUACAGCAGCUAAUUAAAGAAACGCAAACAAAAAUCAACAACAAACAAAAAUGAAGCCCACCUAAGCAAAAGAUAAUUUGUAAAAAUUAAAAAAUAAUCUUAAAAUUAAAUCACCAACAUGUAAAAAGCUAUGAAUAUAUAUAAAUCGAAGCAAGCAGUAGCUAUGGCCACAAAAACACUCACACAACACUCAAAAACACUUACAACAGCACCCACUCAGAAAUACUUAGCCCAAGAAGCGCAUCAAUUCUAAAUUUUAACCAAGAUAUCAAAUUAUAUACCCGCAGUGUUGUUAGGUUAAUCGGCAUUUUCGACGACUGAAAUUCUAUCAAAUUUCGAACACAUUUAAUUAUCGACAACCUUUACAGUUCUACGAUUAAAUCGAUUAAUUCGAUCAAUCUGACAACACCGCAAGGCAUAUCCCUGUUAUUAGUACAACUUAAACUGCACACUGCACAAUUUUUGAAUGUUUGUUAAAUGUUUUGAGGAGCAAAAGGCCCGACGACACCAGGAAAAUCCGCUGCAAAAUUGUAUUCUCCUCACCAACUAACUAGGGACGAAGGACCCUCGCACCCCAAAAACAAACCGAUCCCCAAAAACGCAACUCCAACCCAGAAAAAAAUGGUAAACGAAUUAUGAUACUGCUAGGGCAGAAGGACCUCUACGUCUGCUCUGCCACUAAACAAAAAAAAAAUGCAAAAAAACAUUUACGCUGUAGAGACAAGAAGAAAUUAACGCUUAAAAUUUGAGGUUGAUUGGCAUUAAGUAAAAGUUAAACGAUGUUGAAGCAGGAAGAGCCGAGCCGACAGGGCGCGAUCACGAGCAAGUAAAUUAAAUUAUAUAACAACUUUACAACUUUAAACGGGCACGACGAACAACCAGCAAGUGCUUACUAUAACUUCAUACGUAUUGUGUAAAAUAUUAGCAAUGAAAAACAAAUCCUUUUUAUAGAUCAAAAACAAAAGAAAACAAAAAACCAACGUAUUUUUCGCUCUCUAUCCUUCACUUUCGAUUAAACGAUCUACCUAUAUCUGUCAUUCACUCACUCAAUCAACCAAUCAAUCGAUCAGUCAGUCGUUCAGUCAAUCGUUUCGGCAAAUUUGUUGAUUUCGUUUGUUGUGUGUGAUAGUGUUUGGAAUAUGAAAUGAAACUUUUGCAUGUCACAAGAGCAAUUUGUUCGCCCUUAAGUCCCCAAGAAAGUUAACUUUGUGUCUAAUGAUCUAAUGAUAUGUAUAGGGCAUGGAUCCUAUGCCGGGCUUGUUUUAAUCAUCUCCAAAAUCAAAUCUCCAAAUGGAAAACUAAUUCUCUGCUUAACUCUCUCUUAUUAACUCUCUUUAUGUAUGUGUCGUCGUCUGUGUGGAAAUUGAAUACAUAUACAAAAUUAUUACAAUUGAAAUUGAAAUUGAAUCCGUUAUAUGAGGUAUUGUACUUGUAUUUUUGUUGACUAUUAUGUAAUUAAACGCUUUACUGAAUAUCAGUUAUGUACAUUUUUUAGCUAAAACUAAAAAUUAAAAACCAAAUUCAAGCAAAAAAGCUUAUGCUGUUACUUAUUGUUAGUGAAUUUACCACAAAAACAAACAAAACAAAAAAUGAAAACAAAAAUCAAGAAAAAAACAAAAAAGUUAAAUUUUCAAAAAUUUAUAGAUACAAAAAGAAAUCAUUUUGCAACGUUCAUGCGUGAAGAAAAAUAUAUCAAGGGGAUUGCCUUGUGGACGCACUUACGCCUUUGUAUAUUGCGAUACAUUUUGAUGAGAAGGCUUAUCUUAAACUUUGAGAACUACCAGAUAAAUAUCUAUUUAAUAUAACGUAUACAUGCAUACAAGCAACAUAUAAACAUAUACCGUAUAUAAAACGUAUGCUAAACUAUAUCUAAAUUGUAAACGACAAUGAGAAGCAAUUUUAAGCAAAAUGAAGAAAACCAUUUCAAUUUCAACUUCAAUACCCCCACAUGCAAAAACACACACGGAUGAUGUAAACCAUUUAUGUGAAUUAAUAUGUAUAGAACUAUAUUGUAUAACUAUGAUUACAAAACAGCAACAAGGCUAUCUAUAUGCUAUGCUAAUGAAAGGGUAAACGGCAUUUAAACUCAUUCAACCAAAAACCAAACAACAGAAACCGCAUCACACGGAAAUGAUAGAAAUGAAAGCUUAUAAAUACCAUAUAGAACCGUAUAUGUAUCAUACCAUAUAGAUCCACAACCAUGUACCACGUAAAUAUCGUAUCGUAAAUAGCAAUAGCAAUAGCAGUUAGUUAUAGUCAAUAUGGAUAGCUAAACUACCGAAUAGCAAAGCCUCAGCCGAAGCAAACUUGUUGUACGAUUAAGAUUGAGCUAGACUUUUAACCAGAGAUAAUCCAACUUGUAGAUAUAUCGAUAUAUCACAUAUAAAUAUAUAUGUAUGAUUGUGUAUAUUACCGGAUAACAAAAGAACUCUUAUGAUUUCCAGGUCUCGCUUUUGAGUUGAUCCUUAUUAUGAAACCCCCCAACUAAUAUACAUAUAUCAAGUCCCCAAAAUCCUUUAAUCAAUUCAGACCAGACCACAAGAACAACCAACAACCAACUACAACAAAAACAAACUGUGCCACCUAGUACAUAACAAGAAAUGGUUAUAUAUCUGUAUCUGCUAUAUAGACACUAUACUAAACACAUACAAUUCAACACGAACUUGUACUAUACCUAGAUAUACUACAUAUAUAUGUAUAGAGAGAGAGAAGGAAACAUUCAAUGCUCACUUUUAUAUUUUUUAUCAUACAUCCUUGAAUCGAGAAAGCUAUUAACAAAAAAAAAAAGGAAAAGGACGCAGAACGAAGCACCGUAAGAACCACUGAACCACAAAGCAAAACAAAACAAAACAAAUUAAAUCGAACAUAGGAAAAUUCUCAUGCCCAAAGAACAUAUAUUUAUAUAUAGUGUACAAGUUCUAUAUGCCUAGAUAUUCGUUCCAUUGCUUUUUAGAGCCAAUUUGCUUUGCUUGCGAGACAAAAUACCCUGGAAAACCCUAAAAACCGUACCUCCAUUCUAUUCAGUUCUCUGAUCCCGAUCCCGAUCCCGAUCCCGAUCCCCAUUGAAGAUGAUAAUUAGGAAAGAAAACACCAGGCAUAAACGCAAAAGAUCGAGCUAAACUAGUGCUUAGUGUUUAAUGAUAAACAAUUCCAAUAAAAGUAUUUCAGUUGUGUAUAUUGUAAAGAACAAUUAUAAAUGAACAAAUAUAAAGUUAAACAUUUAAAGAAUAAUUCAACAAAAUUUAUUGAAACAUUAAUAAAAAUAAUUGUAUUUAUCAAAAUUAAUACAA